GAGCCGCCGCCGCCGCCGCCGCCGCCGCCGGGGGGGGGUGGGGGGAGCGAGUGGAAGUUACUGCCGCGCCACCGAGUCCGGACCGGAGACUUUGGGGCCCAACUAGUGAAUGGUAGUGUCUAGAAAGGGUAUGUCCCUUCAAGAGAGAGGUGCCAAUGUCCAACCGGCCUAAUAACAAUCCAGGGGGGUCACUGCGACGUUCACAGAGGAACACUGCCGGGGCCCAACCACAAGACGACUCGAUAGGAGGAAGGUCACAUUUAGGGCAGGCAAAACAUAAGGGAUAUAGCCCUCCUGAGAGUAGAAAAUCUAAUUCUAAGGCACCCAAAGUGCAGUCUAAUACUUCUGAACUGUCAAGGGGACACCUUUCUAAAAGAAGCUGCAGUUCAUCAUCUGCUGUCAUAGUUCCACAACCAGAGGAUCCAGACAGAGCCAAUACUUCAGAAAGGCAAAAAACGGGGCAGGUGCCUAAGAAAGACAAUUCUCGAGGAGUGAAACGCAGUGCUAGUCCAGACUACAACAGGACCAAUUCUCCUAGCUCUGCCAAAAAACCAAAAGCACUUCAGCAUACUGAAUCUCCCUCUGAAACAAAUAAGCCACAUAGUAAGUCAAAGAAGAGACAUUUAGACCAGGAGCAACAACUGAAAUCUGCACCAUCGCCCUCAACAAGUAAGGCUCAUACCAGAAAGAGUGGGGCCGCUGGCAGUUCACGGAGUCAGAAAAGAAAGAGGACAGAGAGUUCUUGUAUAAAAAGUGGUUCUGUGUCUGAGUCAACUGGUGCCGAAGAGAGAUCUGCAAAACCCACCAAGCUGGCUUCAAAAUCCGCCGCCUCGGCCAAAGCUGGGUGCAGCGCCAUCACUGAUUCUUCCUCCGCUGCCUCUACUUCCUCCUCCUCUUCUGCCGUUGCCUCGGCCUCCUCCACUGUACCACCAGGGGCCAGGGUGAAACAAGGAAAAGACCAGAACAAGGCCAGGCGUUCCCGUUCAGCAUCCAGUCCCAGUCCCAGAAGAAGUAGCAGGGAAAAGGAACAGAGGUCUUCUAAGUCAGAGACCUCAAAACCUGGACCUUCUGGAUUACAGGCCAAAUUAGCAAGUUUAAGAAAAUCUACCAAGAAGCGCAGUGAAUCCCCACCUGCUGAGCUCCCCAGUUUGAGGCGGAGCACUCGCCAAAAGACCACGGGCUCCUGUGCUAGCGCCAGCCGGCGAGGCUCUGGCCUGGGCAAGAGAGGAGCAGCUGAAGCUCGUCGACAGGAGAAAAUGGCGGACCCUGAAAGCAGCCAGGAGACAGUGAAUUCUUCCGCUGCUCGGACAGACGAAACUCCCCAAGGAGCUGCAGCCUCUAGUUCUGUUGCAGGGGCUGUGGGCAUGACCACCUCUGGGGAAAGUGAAUCCGAUGAUUCCGAGAUGGGACGAUUACAAGCUUUGUUAGAGGCCAGGGGUCUUCCUCCUCAUCUGUUUGGCCCGCUCGGUCCUCGGAUGUCGCAACUUUUCCAUAGAACAAUUGGAAGCGGAGCUAGCUCCAAGGCCCAGCAGCUUCUGCAAGGACUACAAGCAAGUGAUGAAAGCCAGCAACUCCAGGCAGUUAUUGAAAUGUGUCAGUUAUUGGUUAUGGGAAAUGAGGAGACGCUGGGAGGGUUUCCUGUCAAGAGUGUCGUUCCAGCUUUGAUAACAUUACUUCAGAUGGAGCAUAAUUUCGAUAUUAUGAACCAUGCUUGUCGAGCCUUAACAUACAUGAUGGAAGCACUUCCUCGAUCAUCUGCUGUUGUAGUAGAUGCAAUUCCCGUCUUUUUAGAAAAGCUGCAGGUUAUUCAGUGUAUCGAUGUGGCGGAGCAGGCCCUGACUGCCUUGGAGAUGUUGUCCCGAAGACACAGUAAAGCCAUUCUACAGGCGGGUGGUUUGGCAGACUGCUUGCUGUAUCUAGAAUUCUUCAGCAUAAAUGCCCAAAGAAAUGCACUAGCAAUUGCAGCCAAUUGCUGCCAGAGUAUCACGCCAGAUGAAUUUCAUUUUGUGGCAGAUUCCCUCCCAUUGCUUACCCAAAGGCUAACCCAUCAGGACAAAAAGUCAGUCGAAAGCACUUGCCUUUGUUUUGCACGUCUAGUGGACAACUUCCAACAUGAGGAGAAUUUACUCCAGCAGGUUGCCUCUAAAGAUCUGCUUACAAAUGUUCAACAGCUAUUGGUAGUGACUCCACCCAUUUUAAGUUCUGGGAUGUUCAUUAUGGUGGUUCGCAUGUUUUCUCUGAUGUGUUCCAACUGCCCAACUUUAGCUGUCCAACUUAUGAAGCAAAACAUUGCAGAGACACUUCACUUUCUCCUGUGCGGUGCCGCUAAUGGAAGCUGUCAAGAACAGAUUGAUCUUGUUCCACGAAGUCCUCAAGAACUAUAUGAACUGACAUCUCUGAUUUGCGAACUUAUGCCAUGUUUACCAAAAGAAGGCAUUUUUGCAGUUGAUACCAUGCUGAAGAAGGGAAAUGCGCAGAACACAGAUGGCGCGAUAUGGCAGUGGCGUGACGACCGAGGCCUUUGGCAUCCCUAUAACAGGAUUGACAGCCGGAUCAUUGAGGCAGCCCAUCAGGUCGGUGAGGAUGAGAUAAGCUUGUCCACUCUGGGACGAGUUUAUACUAUUGAUUUUAAUUCUAUGCAGCAAAUCAAUGAGGACACGGGAACAGCACGUGCCAUUCAGAGAAAACCUAACCCCUUAGCCAAUACUAACACUAGUGGAUAUUCAGAGUUAAAGAAGGAUGAUGCUCGAGCACAGCUUAUGAAAGAGGAUCCGGAACUGGCUAAGUCUUUUAUUAAGACAUUAUUUGGUGUUCUUUAUGAAGUGUAUAGUUCCUCAGCAGGACCUGCGGUCAGACAUAAGUGCCUUAGAGCAAUUCUUAGGAUAAUUUAUUUUGCGGAUGCUGAACUUCUGAAGGAUGUCCUGAAAAAUCAUGCUGUUUCAAGUCACAUUGCUUCCAUGCUGUCAAGCCAAGACCUGAAGAUAGUAGUUGGAGCACUUCAGAUGGCAGAAAUCUUAAUGCAGAAGUUACCUGAUAUUUUUAGUGUUUACUUCAGAAGAGAAGGUGUAAUGCAUCAAGUAAAACACUUAGCAGAAUCAGAGUCUUUGUUGACAAGUCCACCAAAGGCAUGUACGAAUGGGUCGGGAUCCUUGGGGUCCACGACGUCAGUCAGCAGCGGAACAGCCACGGCCGCCACUAACGCUGCGGCUGACUUGGGGUCCCCCAGCUUGCAGCACAGCAGAGAUGAUUCUUUAGAUCUGAGCCCUCAAGGUCGAUUAAGUGAUGUUCUAAAGAGAAAACGGCUGCCAAAACGAGGGCCAAGAAGGCCAAAGUAUUCACCUCCAAGAGAUGAUGACAAAGUAGACAAUCAAGCUAAAAGCCCUACCACUACUCAGUCACCUAAGUCUUCUUUCCUGGCAAGCUUGAACCCAAAAACGUGGGGACGGUUAAGUGCACAGUCCAACAGCAACAACAUUGAACCAGCACGAACUGCGGGAGUUAGUGGUCUUGCCAGGGCCGCCUCAAAGGACACCAUAUCCAAUAAUAGAGAAAAAAUUAAAGGUUGGAUUAAGGAACAGGCGCAUAAGUUUGUAGAGCGUUACUUCAGUUCUGAGAACAUGGAUGGAAGCAACCCUGCACUGAAUGUCCUUCAGAGACUUUGUGCUGCAACUGAACAACUCAACCUCCAGGUGGAUGGUGGAGCUGAGUGCCUUGUAGAAAUCCGUAGCAUAGUCUCAGAGUCCGAUGUUUCAUCGUUUGAAAUCCAACAUAGUGGAUUCGUGAAGCAGCUCUUGCUUUAUUUGACAUCUAAAAGUGAAAAGGAUGCUGUGAGCAGAGAGAUCAGAUUAAAGAGAUUCCUUCAUGUAUUCUUUUCUUCCCCACUUCCUGGAGAAGAGCCCAUUGGAAGAGUAGAACCAGUGGGUAAUGCUCCUUUGUUGGCAUUAGUUCACAAGAUGAACAACUGCCUCAGCCAGAUGGAGCAGUUUCCAGUCAAAGUACAUGACUUCCCCAGUGGAAAUGGGACCGGAGGCAGAGGAUCACAGGCUUUAAAAUUUUUCAACACACAUCAGUUAAAAUGCCAGUUACAAAGACAUCCAGACUGUGCGAACGUGAAGCAGUGGAAAGGCGGGCCGGUCAAGAUCGAUCCCCUGGCUUUGGUACAAGCUAUCGAGAGAUACCUUGUAGUUAGAGGGUAUGGAAGAGUACGAGAAGAUGAUGAAGACAGUGACGAUGAUGGCUCUGACGAGGAAAUAGACGAGUCUCUGGCCGCUCAGUUCUUAAAUUCCGGCAAUGUAAGGCACAGGCUACAGUUCUACAUUGGAGAGCAUUUGCUACCGUAUAAUAUGACCGUGUAUCAGGCAGUCCGGCAGUUCAGUAUCCAGGCCGAGGACGAGCGGGAGUCCACGGACGAUGAGAGCAACCCUCUGGGGAGAGCUGGUAUUUGGACAAAGACUCAUACAAUAUGGUACAAACCCGUGAGAGAGGAUGAAGAAAGUAAUAAAGAUUGUGUUGGUGGUAAAAGAGGAAGAGCCCAAACAGCUCCAACAAAAACAUCCCCUAGAAAUGCAAAAAAGCACGAUGAGUUAUGGCAUGAUGGAGUGUGCCCAUCGGUAUCAAAUCCUUUAGAAGUUUACCUCAUAUCCACACCACCUGAAAAUAUAACUUUUGAAGACCCGUCAUUAGAUGUGAUUCUUCUUUUAAGAGUUUUACAUGCCAUCAGUCGAUACUGGUAUUACUUGUAUGAAAAUGCAAUGUGCAAGGAGAUUAUUCCAACUAGUGAAUUUAUUAACAGUAAGUUGACAGCAAAAGCAAAUAGGCAGCUUCAAGAUCCUUUAGUAAUCAUGACAGGAAACAUCCCAACAUGGCUUACUGAACUAGGAAAAACCUGCCCAUUUUUCUUCCCUUUUGAUACCCGGCAAAUGCUUUUUUACGUAACUGCAUUUGAUCGGGACCGAGCAAUGCAAAGAUUACUUGAUACCAACCCAGAAAUCAACCAGUCUGAUUCUCAAGAUAGCAGAGUUGCACCUAGAUUGGAUAGAAAAAAACGUACUGUGAACAGAGAGGAGCUGCUGAAGCAAGCGGAGUCUGUGAUGCAAGAUCUGGGUAGCUCCCGGGCCAUGUUAGAAAUCCAGUAUGAAAAUGAGGUUGGUACAGGUCUUGGGCCUACACUGGAGUUUUAUGCACUUGUAUCUCAGGAACUACAGAGAGCUGACUUGGGUCUCUGGAGAGGUGAAGAAGUGACUCUUAGCAAUCCAAAAGGAAGCCAAGAAGGGACCAAGUAUAUUCAAAACCUCCAGGGCCUGUUUGCGCUUCCCUUUGGUAGGACGGCUAAGCCAGCUCACAUCGCAAAGGUUAAGAUGAAGUUUCGCUUCUUAGGAAAAUUAAUGGCCAAGGCUAUCAUGGAUUUCAGAUUGGUGGACCUUCCCCUUGGCUUACCCUUUUAUAAGUGGAUGCUGAGGCAGGAAACUUCACUGACAUCGCAUGAUUUGUUUGACAUUGACCCGGUUGUAGCCAGAUCAGUGUAUCACCUAGAAGACAUUGUCAGACAGAAGAAAAGACUUGAACAAGAUAAAUCCCAGACCAAAGAGAGUCUACAAUAUGCAUUAGAAACCCUGACUAUGAAUGGCUGCUCAGUUGAAGAUCUAGGAUUGGAUUUCACUCUGCCAGGGUUUCCCAACAUCGAACUGAAAAAAGGAGGAAAGGAUAUACCAGUCACCAUCCACAAUUUAGAGGAGUAUCUAAGACUGGUUAUAUUCUGGGCACUAAACGAAGGCGUUUCCAGGCAAUUCGAUUCCUUCAGAGAUGGAUUUGAAUCCGUCUUCCCACUUAGUCAUCUUCAGUACUUCUACCCGGAAGAACUGGAUCAGCUCUUGUGUGGCAGUAAAGCAGACACUUGGGAUGCAAAGACGCUGAUGGAAUGCUGCAGGCCAGAUCAUGGUUAUACUCAUGACAGUCGGGCUGUGAAGUUCUUGUUUGAGAUUCUCAGUAGUUUUGAUAAUGAGCAGCAGAGGUUAUUUCUCCAGUUUGUGACAGGUAGCCCAAGAUUGCCUGUUGGAGGCUUCCGGAGUUUGAAUCCACCUUUGACAAUUGUCCGGAAGACAUUCGAAUCAACAGAAAACCCCGAUGACUUCUUGCCCUCUGUCAUGACGUGCGUGAACUAUCUUAAGUUGCCGGACUACUCGAGCAUUGAGAUAAUGCGUGAGAAACUGUUGAUUGCAGCCAGAGAAGGGCAGCAGUCGUUCCAUCUUUCCUGAUCACAACGAGAAUUGCAGCGUCUGCCUGUUACAGCAAAAGAAAAAAAUCAUGAUUUCUUUUCUAAAUGUAUCACCUGAGUCAAGGAAACAUGUUACGCCUUCUUGUUGUAGGAAAAACGGCUUGCAGAUUAUACAAGAGACACUUGGUUGAUAUUCAUUAAUGGCCCCAUGGACUUAAAAGUGAUCAGGCCCUAAAACGUUGUUGUGAUGAGGUUUCUUUAGCAAGUUCUUGUUUAAAUUAUCAUUUAUUUGAUGAGUGAAGUUUUUAACUUGCUUUGCUGUGUGAAAUUUAAAAAAAAGGGAUGUUUUUCCAGGCUGAAACAAUAAAUGUCGCUGUGCAGUUUAA